GGAGGGUUUCUGAUGCACCACACAACUGGCCCACUUCCAAUUAAAGAAGAGAGCUUAUGUUAUUGAAGAGCAGCUUAGCCAAUCAGGAGGCAGUGCAGGCAAAGACAGCAGGAAAAAAGAAGCAGAGCGAGUGGGCAAGAGCAAGGGAGAAAAAAAAACUGCAGUGUUGACUCCGAGCGUGUGGAGAAGGGGAAGAGCUUCGGUGUCCAGAGGAGAGCGACCGGCCAAAAAACGGGUUUCUGAUUGACAACAGCCUCACAGUGAUUACCUCCCGCCACUUUCAAGGAAUCAAGAUUUGGCUGGACCUUGUGUGCAGCCUAAAUGACGAAGUGGAACUUGUUCAAGCACCAAACAACGCCCAUGGUAGCUGCUGACCCAACGGGAGCCAGUGCUUUGACUGUGACUCCAGCCCUUGACGCAUUAGUCUCCACUGACAACUCCACCGAGCCCGUCGAGAAGAACGAUGGCUUCGACGAGAUCAAAAACAAAUUCCUCAAUGAAAUCGACAAGAUCCCACUGCCGUCCUGGGCCAUCAUUGCCAUUGCCGUGGUCGCUGCUUUACUCAUUCUAACAUGCUGCUUCUGCAUCAUCAAGAAAUGCUGUUGCAAGAAGAAGAAGAACAAGAAGGGCAAGAAGGGGAAGGGGGAGAUGGGAAUGAAGAACCUGAAAGGGGGAGAGAAAAACCAGGAUGAUGAUGAUGAAGAGGACGAUGUGGAACCUGGACUGACCGGAGACGAGAAAGAGGAAGAAGUCAAGGAGAAAGAGAAGCUCGGCAAGCUGCAGUACUCCAUCGAUUACGACUUCCAGGAGAACAAGCUGACUGUGGGAAUCCUCCAAGCAGCUGAUCUCCUCUCCAUGGACAGCGGUGGAACCUCCGACCCCUACGUCAAGGUGUUCGUCCUCCCCGACAAGAAGAAGAAGUACGACACAAAGGUUCACAAGAAAACGCUCAACCCCGUCUUCAACGAGACCUUUGGCUUCAAGAUUCCAUUCCAAGAAAUCGGAGGAAAGACACUGGUGAUGUGCGUCUACGACUUCGAUCGCUUCUCUAAACAUGAUGUUAUUGGAGAGAUUAAAAUACCCAUGAACACCCUGGACCUGGCCAAGCCAAUUGAGGAGUGGAAGGACCUGGACAGCGCCGAUCAAGAGGAGCCGGAGAAGCUUGGAGACAUUUGCAUCUCCCUGCGUUACGUCCCCACGGCUGGCAAACUCACCAUCUGUAUUCUGGAGGCCAAGAACCUGAAGAAAAUGGACGUGGGAGGACUGUCAGAUCCCUAUGUGAAAAUUAACCUGCUGCAGAACGGAAAGAAGCUGAAGAAGAAGAAGACCACAGUGAAGAAGAACACUUUGAAUCCGUACUACAACGAGUCCUUCAGCUUUGAGAUUCCUAUUGAUCAAAUGCAGGUAAGGAUGGGUCCCGCUUAAUACCAUAUACAAGUA